UAAAACCUCCUGUCAGCCGGCCAUGUUGUUCACCAAGAUGGCGCCCAACGCUUGGCGGGCUCUUGUCGCGGUACUGCUCGCUGCCGGGUACGCGGCGCUGGCGUCGUCGGCCACGACGCACACCGUCGGCGGCGUGCACAGCUGGAUGACCGGCGUCGACUAUGCCGCCUGGGCCAGCGACAAGACGUUCGCCGUCGGAGACCAGCUACUGUUCAGCUACGUGAGGACGGAUCACACGGUGACGGAGGUGAGCAGGAGCGGGUACGACGCGUGCUCCGCCGGCGGCGACGCGCGGAGCGAGGACAACAAGAGCGGCCUGACCACCGUCACGCUCGCGACCCCCGGCGCGCACUACUUCAUCUGCGUCGUCCCCAACCACUGCGCCAGCGGCAUGAGGCUCGCCGUGAACGUCUCCGCGGCACCCGCGUCGGGGGCUGCCGCGACGACAUCCGGCGCCGCCGGGGGCGCCAUGCAGGUUCCGGUGGCGGUGCCCGUCGUCGCCGCCGCCGCGGCCGCAACAGGGGCCCUGAUCAAGCUCGCGCUGCUCUGAGCGAACCCAUCCGCCGCGUCCGUUGGCGCGCGCGACUCGGCGUCUCAAGGGGCAGGGCAGAUCGCAGAAAUACGUGCAAUAUGUAACUGUCCACAUCUCCGAUACGCUAGAGGUUUUCUGGAAAUUAGUUGUUCGUGGCUAAUUGCCUGCAUCAUUGUGCGAUUUGGAUCAUGCGUGGCUGUCCACGGUGCGCUGAUCUUCCGUGAUUUGCCUCUGGAAAACCGGAAGGAAACACCGAACCGGAGCUAGCCCUGCAAAUAUCCAAAUGGGUUGGGUUGAUAUGAGUUGGCCUUAAAUGGGUUUAAUGGGUUGGAUUUGAUAUGAAUUGUAUUUGAGUAGGUUCAAAUGAGUUGU